AUGCCUCCAACAAGGCAAACGAGACAUACGACUCGAACGAAAACUGAUCCAUAUCUUCUCCACCAUCACGACUCGAAUGGAAUUCAUAAACCAACGUCUUUGGAUGGAAAUAGUAGCGAUGAUGCUUUAACUCCGCAACGAGCAAUUGAAAUUCUCAAAAAGCAUCAUCAAAAUAUUCAAAAUGAAAUAACAUUUAUCAAAUCGAAUCAUCAUCCUAAUUAUUCGCGGUAUCAUUCUCAGACUUUGGAUGAAUCAUCUAGAAUUGAUUUUUCCAUUAUGGAAGCCUUGCAGCAGAGUUUAGAGCCUCAUCAGCCACGUGAUGAAUCAACAAUUUCUAUGCAUCCUCUAUCCGACAGCAGCAGCAAAUCAUACUCUCAUACACCAUCAACAACCUCCUCAUCAGCCACUUCUUCCUCUCCAAACUCAACAACAUCACCUCCUUCAACACCUCCCACCACCCAAUCGUCGACAGCCAUCCACAAACCACCAUCUACUACCACUCCCGCUGCUACUACGAGUAUUGACUCUGAUUCAAAAGUAGGCGAAUCAUCAUCCCGAUCAGACAACCAAUAUGAAGAGACAAGAUCCAAAGAUCAUGACUCACUCAUCACACAGUCAGCAACUACAAUGGACAAUUUAUCGGAUGAAGAGAAUGAGGAAUCAAAAGAUGAAGAUGUUGAAUAUCAACCUUCACGAAAGAAAGUAAAAACAACAACAGAGGAGAAUGAACAAAAGAGAAUGGAAGAUGAAUUACUUUCUAAAGAAGAAACAAUACUUAAAGAGAUUAAAGAAAUGCAAAGAAAAGGUGAAUGGCUACCACAGACACAACAAAAGAUUGGAAAAGAACCAAAAAGAAAUAGAAGUCAUUGGGAUUAUUUACUCGAGGAAAUGGAAUUUAUAGCCAAAGAUUUUGCUCAAAGUAGAAAAUGGAAAGUUACAACAGCUAAAAAAUAUGCAAAAAGCGUUGCAAAAUAUCAUCAACAAUUGGAACAACAAGAAAUUAAGAAGCAGAAAGAGAUUGAAUUGAAUUUGAGAAAACAAGCCUCAAAGAUUGCAAAAUUGGUAAAAAAGGAUUUCUGGGAAAAGAUUGCCAAAUUAGUCAAAUACAAAAAUCAAUCCAUCAUUGAUGACACCAAGCAACAAUUACUUGCUGAAAAGAGAGAUUUGCUUGUUAAACAAACAGAAAAGUACACACAGCUCAUAUCUCAAGAUUUAAUAUCGGUGACAAGUGAAACAACAAAUUCUACUCUUCAAGAUGAUACAAGUCAAGCUGAAGAAGAAAUUAACAAUCAAGAUUUUACUCCUUCCAGUGAGGAUGAUGAUAGUGAUCACAUCAUUGAUACAGAGGAUGAGGAUGAAGAUUACGAAGAUGAAAUUGAGCAACUCAAGAAGGAAAGUGAAAUGGACAUUGAUACCAUCAUGAAACAAAAUUAUAACAAUGCACCUGUUGAGGAUGAGAACAUGUUGACAGAUAAAAUGAAAGAUUCUUCAAUGAUGGUUUCGGAAGAACCUGCUGAAUAUUCAGCUCCUGUGGAAUCCUCAUUGACAAACACAGCAACAAACAAUGAACUCUCACAACCUCCAUCACUUGAAGAUUCACAAUCUUCUUUAAUGAAUCAAGUAGCAGAAGAUGCCAAACAAUAUCAACCAACAGGAUUCACAUUAACCACUUCCAAAGUGAAAACACCCAUUCCAUUUCUGCUCAACGAAAAUCUCAAAUUAAGAGAGUAUCAACAAAUUGGUCUAGAUUGGUUAGUAACCAUGCAUGACAAAGGAUUGAAUGGGAUUCUAGCAGAUGAAAUGGGACUUGGAAAAACUAUCAUGACUAUUUCCUUGAUUGCUCAUUUGGCUUGUACGGAAAAAAUAUGGGGACCUCAUUUAGUGGUGGUUCCAUCGAGCGUGUUAUUGAAUUGGGAAAUUGAGUUUAAACGAUGGUGUCCAUCAUUGAAAAUUCUUGCCUAUCAUGGAACACAAAAACAACGAAAAGAUAAGAGAGUUGGAUGGAAUAAGCCUAAUGCAUUUCAUGUUUGCAUUACUUCCUAUAAUUUGGUGGUUCAAGACAAGAUCAUGUUCAAACGCAAAAAAUGGCAUUAUUUAAUUUUAGAUGAGGCUCAUCACAUUAGAAAUUUUAAAGGACAAACAUGGCAAAGCUUGCUCAACUUCAACACUGAGAGAAGGCUUUUAUUGACUGGAACACCUCUCCAAAACAAUGUCAUGGAGUUAUGGUCUUUGAUGCACUUUAUUAUGCCUCAUGUGUUUCAAUCACACUCCGAGUUUAAAGAUUGGUUUUCCAAUUCCAUUCAAGGUAUGGUUGAAGGCAAACAGGAGAUGAACAAGGAACUCAUAUCUCGUUUGCAUACCAUUCUAAGACCUUUUAUUUUGAGAAGAUUGAAAAAAGAAGUUUCUGAGCAAUUACCAUCCAAACAAGAACAUGUCGUUCGUGUUAGGCUUUCAAAGAGGCAACGUAAUCUCUAUGAAGACUUUAUUUCUAGAGCAGAUACUAGAGAGACUUUAGCAUCUGGAAAUGUUUUCAAAAUGAUCAAUGUUGUUAUGCAAUUGAGAAAAGUUUGUAACCAUCCCGAUUUAUUUGAACCAAGACCAAUUAUUUCCCCAUUUGCUUCUGUACCACUUUCUCUUUUAUCAGCACCAAUUCAAUCGAUCAUUCUAGAUCCUAUUUAUUAUGGUAGUGAUGAUUAUUUGAAUUGUUAUCAUGACUUGCAAUCACGAUAUUUUACUCUCUCGAAUUAUUUUAAUUUUGUAUUCACCCAACAUGAAAAUCGAAUGAGUAUGGAAAAUUUUGAUCAAGUCUCAUCACUACGACCAAUACCAGCUGACCAUGCUAGUAGUAAUACCAGCAGCAAUCAAAUACCCACACCAUUGACAACCCCUUCUGCAAGUAAUACAAUCACCGCUCCCAGGACAGACUCUUCCCUUCUCAAAUUAGAAGACCUUUCACCUGAAGAUCAAGAUCAAUUAUACCACAUGUACAGUCAUGACUUGAACGUUGAUCAACACAAUGAUAACUCCUUCUUCAAAAAGAGAGCGCUUGAAAUGGCUUUGAAUAGAUAUCGAGACAGAGUUGAAAGAGCAAACUAUAUGCAAUCUGUGAAUAGUCAUAGAUGUGAAAGAAAACCAAUUUAUGGUUACAAUUUCAUCAAGAUUCUUGAAUCCAUAGCACUUGAAAAGGAAAUGAAACGUUUCCACAAAUGCAACGAGUUUGAAGAUGUACUCCAUUCAAUGUGCAAAUCUUUAGAAGAACUUGAACAAGAGCUCUCUUUUGAAUUGGACAAUUUUGUUUGCUUCAUUCCUCAUGCAAGAAGCGAAGCACCUGAAAUUCGUGAGGUCUCUACCAUACGAUUCAAGAAAGAUUUAAUCGAACAACAUGUGGUUCGACAUGUAAUUUCUCCAACAUUGGACCUCAUUAGAAAAGCUUCUAUUCGAAUGCAAAUGCACUUUCCUGACAAGAGAUUACUGCAAUAUGAUUGUGGUAAACUUCAAAAGCUUUCUUCAAUGUUGAAAGAUUUAAAGCGUGAGGGACAUCGUGUUUUAAUUUUCACACAAAUGAGCAAAAUGUUAGAUGUUCUGGAAUCUUUUAUGUCUAUGAAUGGACAUUCCUAUUUUAGACUUGAUGGUCAAACGAAACUUGAAGAAAGACAGUACAUGAUGGAAUGUUUUAAUAACAAUCCAAAAAUCUUUGCAUUCAUUUUGUCUACAAGAAGUGGAGGUGUUGGUAUCAAUUUAACAGGGGCGGAUACUGUUAUAUUUUAUGACAGUGAUUGGAAUCCAGCAAUGGACGCACAAGCACAAGAUAGAUGCCAUAGAAUUGGACAAACUAGAAAUGUCAAUAUUUAUCGUCUCAUUAGUGAAUCUACAAUUGAAGAAAGAAUUUUAUUGAAAGCGAAUCAAAAGAGACACAUGAAUGAAAUUGUGAUUCAUAAUGGAGCAUUUACACCUGAUUUCUUGAAGAAUCAAAUGGAAGUGAGAGAUUUGUUUAAAGAUUCAGAAAAGAGUUUUUCGAAUGCUCUACUCGAUGCAGAAGAACAAAUGAGUGCUUAUAAUAACAUGAUCAACAAUGAGAAUAACAAACAAAAGGAAUCAGAGACAGAAACAUACAAUGAGAAAGAUUUAGAUCGUAUUCUCACAAGUGCAGAAGAUGAAAAUGAUGUGGAAGCACUCCGCAAUGCAAGAAAAGAGCAAACGGAACAAUCUCAAAAUGAUUUUGCAGACGUUGAAGCAACGGCAGAAGAUGAUAUCAUCAAUCAUUUGACACCAGUCGAACAAUUUGCCUUUACUCAACUUACUGAGCGCACAAUGAACGCAGUUCAACAAGAAAUUGAGGAAAUUAAACAAAGUGAAAAGGAGCGCACUGAAAAUUGGAAAAAUCAAUUGCAACAAAUAGAUUCAGAUUUGGACAUGUCAGAUGAAAAUAAUGCGGAUAAUGAAUCAAAAGAUGAAGUAGAAUCUAAUAGUUCCGAUGAAUCAACACAAAAUUUUUAUGAGUAUGAGGAUCAAAGAGAAUUGUGGAACUCGUUACAAAUUUGUAUUCCAACUUCAAUUCUUAGAGAUUUGUAUGGAGAUAUUGAUGAACUAUUCCUUAAUAAGGAUGCACUUCCAUCCUCACCUUCACCUUCACAACAAUUACAUGCUGAACUUGAACAAACACCCUCUCACUGCUCUUGGUUGAACAAGUCCACGAGUAGUAAUUCUUCUCAAUUAGAGCAUGAAUCAUCCAUUCAUAACGACACGCAUCGAGUAGUAUCGGUUGACAAGAAAUCACUACUGCACAACCAUUCUAAUAACAGUAAUAGUCAUUCAAGAGAUGAAGAACAAUCGAAUCCAUCCUCCUUACCAUCCUCACAUCUUGAUGAUUUUUGUGAAAUUGGAAGUGGAUCCAUUGAUGACAUGAUACUGUUUUCUGGUUUGGAUGAAUCUCACCCGAUCAUGAAUAACCCUUCGAGUUCAACGAUUGACUCUAACGUGGGUCGUCGCGUUUCACCAAGUACUGGUAUGAACACCAUUCAUAAUCAUACUGCUCUUGUUCAAACUACACAGAAAGUACAAGACCCUCCCCAAAACUUGAAUGUAGAGGAAUUAGAUCCUUUGAAUGAAACUGUUCCCAUCGUCACUUUACAACGUCGUCCAAAAAAGAGAAUUUCUCAUGACAAAAAACAGGUCGUGCCACCAGCAACAGCAACAUCCAAUGACAACAACAAACCCAUGAGUGGGACUCCUCAUCAUGAUUCUACUACUACUGCCACUACAGGUACGAACCAAUUAUUGAACAUUCCCAUCGAUCAUCACCAAGUCUACAAUCAUUACAUGGCAAUACUACUAUUACAACAAAUCCUUCCAUAUCCUCGACUUUAA